AUGUACUGAUGCACUACAUAAUCACUAAUCAGGGUGCAAAGUAGGGCUGGGAAUCCAGACCAAACCGUAUGGGGAACCGCGGUCUAGACCGUAUCGUAUGGUUUGGUCUGGACCGUGAGACCAGAUCUAUGGUCUGGUCUGGUUUGCAGUCUCCUCCUUUAGUGCGUGGUUUGAAGUGGUCUGGACCGUGGUCUACCACAGUAAACCGUAACAGACCGCGACACACUACCUACUACCUUGGACAAAAAUAACACUUAAAUUGAACCUCCAUAUGUGUAUUUGAAGAACAAAGUUAGUUGAUUCUUCAUCUAGUUGACAGCCAACAAAUUGCAAAAUGAUCGCUUAUAUGUUAUCUCCUUAUCAAAGUACCACACAAAAAUUAGAAAGAAUCAUAAAUAAUAUUCAUAGAUAAUGUCUAGACUAUGGAGUCGAUAAAAAUUAAACACUACAAAAAAAAUUUCGUUCACCUUGAUGAGAUAAGGAAAAUUAUUGAGAGAUAUGCGACCAUCUUAGUGGUUCGAAAUUACCUCGACGUCAUCAAAAAAGUUAUCAACUGGGAGAACCUUCUGAUCACUCGAAAGAGGAGAGAAGCGGUAGCACAAAGAGGAAUAAGAAAAUAAGGUUAUUUGAAAAUUGAAAAAACCCACUUGUAUCCUCAUAUUUCUUCUCAUUUAAUACUAUCACAAUUUUUUUGUUUCACUAUCAUAUUGGUCACUAGAUUUUUUUUAUAGAUACCGGCGAAGGGUUGGAGGGCGAACAAGAGUUAAUUUUUUUUAACAUGGUCUGUCUGGUCCAGACCAUAUCGGACCGCACCGCACAUAUGUGGUCUGGUCUGGACCGUAUAGUAUAUGGUCUGGUCCAUAGUCUCCAACCUCUCGGUCUGGACCACAGACCGUAUCUAUGGUUUGGUCUAGACCGGAUGGCACCGUUUUCCACCCCUAGUGCAAAGAAUAUGCAGCAUAUGCGUUACACUGACCAGCGUGUCUUAUCUUUUAUUAUUAUUAUAUAUAUAUAUAUAUUAUUAAUUUAUUAUAUAAUAAUUAUUCUUAUUGCGAAUCGGCAAUGCGGCUACGUAGCACCCUGCCAAUGGCCACCGCCCAUUCUUAAAUAGAGCUGUGAGAACGUUAGCGAGAGAUUGCAAAGAAACAAACGAGACCCAUUCUAGAGAGAUCGACGACGACGACGACGGUUUAGAUAAACAAAUUUUCGCAGCGAUAUGGCUACUCUCACUGUUCCUCACCAGGCUCCCGACGCCGCUGAAGACGCCGAGCAGCUCCGCAAGGCAUUCUCAGGAUGGGGGACGAACGAGGCGCUGAUCAUCUCGAUCCUGCCGCACCGGAACGCAGCCCAGCGGAAGCUGAUCAGAGAAGUCUACAGCUCCACCUACGGCGAGGAUCUGCUCAAGGAUCUCGACGACGAGCUCUCCAGCGACUUCCAGCGCGCCGUCCUCCUCUGGACCCUCACCCCGGGGGAGCGCGACGCCGUUCUGGCCCACGAGGCCACCAAGAAGUGGACCUCCAGCAACCAGGUCAUCAUGGAGCUCGCCUGCACCAGAUCCUCCGCCCAGCUCCUCGACGCCAAGGCCGCCUACCACGACCGAUUCAAGAAGUCGAUCGAGGAGGACGUCGCCCACCGCACCACCGGCGACUUCCGCAAGCUCCUCUUCUCCCUCAUCGCCUGCCACCGCUACGACGGCGGCGACGCGGUCAACAUGACCCUCGCCAAGCAGGAGGCCAAGAUCCUCCACGAGAAGUUCGAGGGCAAGCAGUUCGCCGACGACGAGGUGGUGCGGAUCCUCUCCACAAGGAGCAAAUCGCAGGUCAACGCCGCGCUGAACGAGUACAAGGCGCAAUUCGGCCACGAGAUCGGGAAGGCGCUCGAAUCGGACGACGGCGGCGAGGAUAAGUUCCUCUGGCUGCUGAGAUCGACGAUCAAGUGCCUGACUCGCCCCGAGGAGUACUUCGUCGAGGUGAUCCACGGCGCGAUCGCGAAGACGGGGACGGACGAAGGCGCGCUGACUAGGGUUGUGGCGACCAGGGCGGAGGUGGAUCUGAAGGUCAUCAAGGAAGAGUACCAGCGGAGGCACAGCGUCCCUCUGGCGAAAGCCAUUGCCAAGGAUACCGGCGGCGACUACGAGAACAUGCUCCUCGCUCUUCUUGGCGAGCAGGAUGAGUAGAAAGGGGGAAAACACCAUGGCCUCUGUGUGUGUUGUUCUAUCUAUUUCUGUUUGGUUUCCUGCUGCGUUUGUGUUUGUUGAUUCCCUGCUGCUGUUGUGAGUUCUUGGUUCAGCCAUGGCUGCUGCUGCUAUAGAUCUUGAAAUAAGAAUGAACCAUUUUCUGUUGUUUACUCUCUGUUUUUGAAGAUGAAAGACGGCAAAAGCUGGUGCUAAAUUAAUACCAAAACAAAUACAUUGGCUGAUGAGAGUUUUAGAUGAACAACAACAGAACAACAAAACCAGAACAGUACACCAAUCCAUGGCGUCACAGCACAAAAUGGAACCCUAAAUCAAAACUUUGGCUUACACUAGAGAGGCCAGCCAUUUCUGGAACUUCCAGGAUGGGGAUGUAAGCUAACUUCGCGGCCACCAGCAGCCGCGACUUCGUACAGACAUUGAUUCUACACCAGGCAGUAGUAAUAUAGCAGUAGCUUAACG